GACAAGUCUCGACCUUCGAUGCACGCUUUGGAUCGGACCUUGCAAUUGCUGCUUUUCUUGCUAUUCCUUGUUUGCCAUGCAAAAUAACGUGAAUUUACUGACUUGCUUUCCGUCAAUAGUGUUUGUUUUCUUCGAUUCUUCCAGUUACCUGGACCUUUCACAAUGUCUCACAUUCAGACCGACUCUAGGAGAUUAGCACUCUCCCAAACUGCCCUUCGGAAUAUGGACCAGUUCUCUCAGCCCAGACAUGCUCCCAUUGGAUUCACAAAUUUGGCCUCCCUCAAAGUUGAGGAUGAUGAUCUCUCCAGCCAGGACAACUACUCUCUUUGCUCAAGCACUCAUGCCCAUGGAAACCCCUGGUCUCUGAGUGAUGCAGAAGUUGAGGCUGCUGCCGUCUCCAAGACGGAAUCCCCUGAAGUUCAGAUGCUCUCUUUUAACUUUUCGCAACAACUUGUUCCUUCUACUGUCGGUCCAAGCGAAGUUUUGUACCAGCCCGGAUCUGACUUCCAAGUCAUCCAGGACAAUGAAAUGGACUUCUCCCAAUCCCGCGGAGACUUCAACGCAUACUCUGCAUUCCUGGACUAUUCUGCGUUCGAUAAUGACUCGAGUGUCCACAAUGGAUCCCAAUCUUGCACCGAUGACUCUCUUUCCGUUGGACACAGCUCCCAAAUGGAUGAUGGCCAAAUGUCGGCCAACGACGCAUGGAACUCCAUGCUGCACCAGACCUCCCUUGACGGACUUCCUUCUUCUAUUUUCCAGACUGCCCCUGUUUCUCCUCCUUUGACUGAAGCUAGCAAUGACUUUUCUGUUACUUCUUCGUGCUCGCAAUCUGGUUACCCGUCGUUUAUGACCCAGGAUGAUGCCAUGCUCAAGGAUGUUACUGCUACUCCGUCGUUGAGCAGCCACGGAAUUAACCUUGGUGACCCUUUGUUUCCUCUUACGCCGCCGCUCAAUGAGCAGGAUCCCCAGAGAACCAUCAGACCUUCCAAGCAGGCGCGCAGACCCACGUUGCAGACUACUCCCCCUCAGCAGAUGAAGCAAGAGGAAUUCUUCCACCCUCUGCCCGCUCGCCGUGGAUCCAAGGACAGCACGGAUAUGAAGAACCCCCGUGACCACCCUUAUUAUUCUCUGCCCACCCACAGUGACGGAAAGUACUACUGCCCAUUUGGCAACGGUGACAAGCCUUGCAGCCACCCGCCUACUACCCAGAAGUGCGCUUAUCACAAAUACCUUGACUCGCACCUCAAGCCCUACCGCUGCAAGGUCCCCUCCUGCAUGGACGCUCAGCUCCAGUUCUCUUCCAACGCCUGCCUCUUCCGUCACGAGCGCGAAGCCCACGGCCUCCACGGCCAUGGCGACAACCCUCACCUCUGCCUCUUCGAAGGAUGCGACCGUUCCGUCCCGGGCUACGGUUUCCCCCGCCGCUGGAACCUCUACGACCACAUGCGGAGAGUCCACGAUUACACUUCCUCCGAGCACCCCAGCUCGCCCGAAGCCUCCCCCACCACCUCGACCUCCAGCCACGCAUCCAAGAAGAAGGAGAACCUGGGCCGCAAGAAGCGCGUGCUCGGCCCCUCGGGCACAACCACCAUGAAGCGCACCCGGUCGACCUCGCAGACCAGUGCCAUCAAGGCUGCCCACCAGGCCACUGCGCACCACGGACAACGCCUACAGAACGCGGAACGCACCUACUACAACUGCCGUUCGCGGCUGCUCGAGGAGAUUAGCAAAAUCAUGCCACAGGAUUCCGGAAUGCAUGAGAAGGUGAAUGCCAGCCUUCAGGAGCUUAUUACCCUGGGAUUGAACUACCGCCAUAUUGAGGCCAGUCAGACUGCGGCGAAGCUGGCCAUCGGUCUUGCUUAAAUGAUGAGCAUGCCACUUUUUUACCCUUCCGGAGAUAACUUUGGAAAUUACCAGGAUAUGUGCCCAGGAAAAAAAAAAAAAAA